AUGGUUGUGACAGCGAAAGUUGGAGAAAGGGUUGAGCUUAUGACAAGUGAGCCAAAUGCAGAAUGCGAGUGCGCUGUUAUCUCUAUCAACUUCAAAGGUAAUCAAAUAGCCGUCACGGUGAGCGACAAUCCUAGCAAACCUAUCUUAUUUUCCGUGGCACGUCAAAUUGUGCAUCCCCAACCAGAAGAAAAUGUGGUGACCGCAAAAGUUAACCCAGUCUAUCGGGGCUAG